AUGAUAACUAAUAAGAAAAUAAAGAUAGAUGUUCCAGAAAAACUUGGUCUCUCAGAAAAAUCUUUCGAACAAUCAUGGGAAAUAAUUAAACACGCAAUUGACCACAUUUACGGCGAUGACACGGCCGAACUUUCGUUUGAACAAGUGUACAGGACCGUUUAUACUAUCGUUCUAAACAGAAAAGGGUUAGUGUUAUAUAAUAAAUUGAAAACAUAUAUAAUCCAAAAAUUGAGUUUGUUGAGGGAAACGAUAUGCAAGAACAGUGCACGUGAUUAUGAAAUGCUCGAAACAAUGGUACGAUUAUGGGAGACACAAUGCAAUUGUUUUAAGAUUAUUGGAGACUUAAUGAUGUAUAUGGAUAAAGUAUAUUGCAAGCCGAAUAGAUGCUUGGAGGUAUAUGAUAUGUGCCUUGAUCUUUUUCGGGUCGAGAUUUUGCAUAAAUGUUCUUCCUUCCUUAUUUCAGCCUUAAUCUCUGAUAUUGAGGAGAUUCGUAAUUUAGGAUCCCUGGAUUCAAAACAUACUAACCUGUGGAAAGUAAUUAUUGGAAUGAUGGAAACAUUACAUGGCAAUAGAGAUAGCUUUUUCCUGACCGAUUUUGAGCCUGUUCUAAUUAGUGCAACAGAAGAAUACUAUGACAAAAUUAUUGAUAUUAAACUGUUAACGCCAAUUGACAGCUUGGAAAAAAUCAAGCAAUUGAAGCAGUUUGAAGACGUUCUAGAUUCUUCUUUUCUAAAUGCAGAUUCUCAUAGUAAGUUAAAGACCGUGUUAGAAAAUGUACUCAUAUGGGGAAAGUUAAGUGAUAUCAUAGAGGACCUAACGUAUGAGGCAAUGGAACUUUUGGAUGAAAAGCUACUUCAAGAAAUCUAUGAUUUAUCAAGCGAAGAGAAGUAUCGCUUCGCCAUCAUUGAGGCUAUCAAAUCCUACAUUAGUAAAAGCGCCAUCAAAAUCCCCCUCAAAGAUGGCAGUCGCAAGAAAGGACAGAAUGCAAUCACUUGGUCGUCCGAGGUUGUAAAUCUUUUUCGUAAGCAGCAUUUGUUUUUGAAGAGUAUCAAUUUUGGUUCUAUUCAACUUAAUAAUUUAGCUGCGGACAAAUCCAUUGCGAUACUUGAAGAUGUCUUUUCGAUGUACUUCUCUAAAGAAGAAUCAUUGUCAUCAGAAUAUUUUUCCACCUACGUGGACUACUGCAUGAAACGAGCAAAGGACAACGAUGUUGAAAUGGUGACGAUCAAGCAAGAUUUGCUUGAUAGUACCAGAUUAAUCAAAUUGCUAUCCAAGAAAGAUACGUUUGAAAAGACCUAUAGAAAGCAACUUUCUAGAAGAUUAUUGCAGCAAAGAUCUGUAGUAGAAAUCGAAAAAUGGACAGUGCAAAUGAUAAAGAAGGUUCUGGGAGCUUUUUUUACCUCAAAACUGGAGAUAAUGUUACGAGAUGUCUCUUUGUCUUCUGAAAUACUCCAAGGAUUUAAAGACUCAAUGACAAACAGCAUAGAGUAUUUGAGUUUUGUGCCACAGGUUUUAACGAGGAUAAGUUGGCCAUUCCAAAGUUCUAACCCAAUUGACGAGAUUGUUUCAUUACCUCCUCGAAUGUCGCAGGUUUUAGCUGGUUUUGAAGGCUAUUAUUCCUCGAGAUAUAAAGAAAGAGUUUUAAAAUGGGCUCAUCAUUUAAGUGUAAUUGAAAUUGGCUGCCAGUUCAAUACCGGCUACUAUGAAAUAAGCUUUUCUGUCUAUGCUGGUGCAAUUUUCCUUCUAUUUGAGGAUUACGAAGAAUUAACGUUAAAAGAAAUAUAUGAACUCACUCACAUUCCUGAGGAGUAUGUUAAAUCUCUUGUGAUUUCAAUGUCGACAGUACCCAGAUGUAAGAUUUUGAAAAAGUCUUCAAAUUCAGGAAGCACUAAAUUCUCUGUUAAUUAUUUUUUCUCUUCCUCCAAUAGGAAAGUGAAAGUUCCAGUUAUUGCUGGCCCUGUACUGUCUCACAAGUCCGAAAACUUGGCAAACCAUAAUUUAGUAGACACCUAUGAAAAUGAAAUCAUUAUGGUUCUUAGCGCCACUAUUGUCCGCGUCAUGAAAACAGAAGGUAGGUUGAGUCAUCAGCGGUUACUGGAGAUAGUUACGAAGCAGACGCUACCUCUCUUCGAUGUUACGCCGAGCAUCUUCAAACGAGGUAUCCAACUUUUAUUAGAGAAAGAGUACAUUCAAAGAGAUGCAGAUGAUACUUCUUAUUAUCACUACCUUUCUUAA